CAGUGACGAGAGAUUAUACCUGUGAGUGGGUGGAUACAAUCGUCAAGCAGUGAAGCCCUGUGGCGUGUCAGUUUUACAUCCUGUGGAUCUAAGGAAACAUUCAGCAGCAGUCGUCGGCGCUGAAGUGUUGAAUAUGCUGAAACUACUUCUAAUCACUUUGACUUUUUAUGAACUCAUUGUUCAUGUGAAUGCCUACAACUGCCCAAAAGGUCAAAGAAUCGCAAAAGAUGGCAAGAGCUGUGAGAGCUGCCAAGAUAAUACUUACCAGCCGGAAGACAAUCGUUCCCAGCGCUGCAAAGCAUGCACACAUUGUGAUGAAGACUCUGGGAGUUUUGUUAAAAAGCAGUGCACGAAAACGACAAACACAAAAUGUCAGUGCCGUGGAGAAUUUGUUCCCUUCGACAAUGAUUCUUCCACUUGCAAAUGUGACACUGGAUUUGGACUACAGGGCCGAGUGUGUUCAAAAUGUAAAGAUGGAUAUUUCAACGCAGGAAUCAACUUGCCCUGUAAAAAAUGGAAAGAAUGUAAAUCAGGAGUGAAUAUUAACGGCACCAACAAGUCAGAUGUCGUCUGUAAUGAUGAGUCGAAGGGUAACACUUAUGUCACUACACCUCUCAUGACAAGCACGACAGUUUCUCUAAUGACACGCUUAACAUCGAAACGUCCACAUGAGGGGGCCGUAACUCAGAAGAUGCGGACCACCACCACCACCACCACCACCACCCCAUCUACUCCCAGACACCCCGCCACUACAGAGGAGAAAAUUCAGCCUUUCCAGCCUUCAAACGCAGGUAUGGCCCUCCUCAUAGUUGGAAUAGCUAUACUGCUGAUACUGACCUUGGUGACCUGCAAGCUGCACAUUGCUCCUUGCAUGGAGAAACAACCAGCAGUAAAAAAAAAUGAGUCGUUGUGUCGGAGGCCAGUGGAAGAAAGUGGCGAUGACAGUCUGUCCUAUCUCAAACUGAAUCCAGGAGAGCCUUGAGGUGAAACUUUAAAAUCUGUCAAUUUGUGCUGUGAAUUUUAAGAUCAGAGAAUCAUCAUAUGAAUAAAUAUGCACUGAUCAUGUUUUCCUCAGAUUGUUCAUCUUACAUGAGAAAAUACAUCAGACAAACUUUUUACUGUAUCUGUAUUAUAGCAGAUGUAUUCAAGAUUAAUAUCUAGUUGUCAAUAUUUGACUGGGUUGUAAUAGAAUAUUGGGUGAACCAUACGAAAGAUUUGUAUGUGUCAUACCUCACAUUUCAUGUCAUUUGAAGUAGUAAAUGUAGUUUGUACUAUUGUUUAUUUCUUUCUUUAGAAACAUAAUUUAAUCAAUAAUUCACUUUCUAUGUAACCUUAAUAUUUAUUACAAACUUGGAUAUGCAGAGUUUUGUAACAACCUCAGGGAUCAUGCCACUAAAUGUCUUUGUAGUAGUUCAAACAUUCUUUGCUUUUUUUUUUUAACCUUGUGAUCUUCUAUAAUGUGAAAUGGUUUAAUGGGGCAAGGACACAUUUCUGAGAAAUAUACAGCAUGAAAUAUGGUUUAUAGUGAAGGUAGUAACAUUAAAUACCAUAGAGCCAAAUUAUUAUGAACUGCUGGAGAGCCUUUGAAAAAUCUUCAUGAAGUGUUUCUCUAUUUUUAUGUCUGUUUUGUUUAUUCGACUCUGUUCCUCUAGUAGCAGGUCUGUCUGGCUGAGAACAGUAAAAAAAAAAUGCUUUCAGUAGUAUGUGGGUUGGGGAGUUCCCCAUGUGUCUCUUUUUCCCUCUGAAUAGUUCGUCUUGUGUUUUAGUUAAGCGGUUGGAAAGAUUGAUCUUGUAUAUGCAUUGUUGUUUAGACCUCACUGGAGACUUUCCCCAGACCUGUACAGUGAGAGGAGUUAUGAAAGCACACCCUUGAUGUUUACAUUCAUUUGUGUUUUGAUAAGAGAUGUUGUGUAUGUACCUGUCUGGCACAAUGUGACUAUAAUAAUCUACUUGGAAAAGCAGAAGUCUGGUUCCAGCUCAUUGAUUCCUUUAACAGUGCCCUCUGCUGGAAUACUUUAGGAAAAAAUAGAGGAAUGCCCUCUAUUGUUUUAUAUCACCUUAAACCUUACAAAUGCAUGACAUUUAUAUAAAAGGAGUAUGUGACUCAUUUUCAAACGUAUCCUAAUCAAGAUACAUCAUUCACAGGAGUUUAUGCUAGUUUUUGCUUACCAUCUACUUUGUAUUUUUCUGUUUAAAAUAUCAAUAACUACAGUAUAUCUGUGAAAUAAAGUGUGUAUAUAUAAUAAUUAUACUAAGUAGAAGUAUAAUACGUACUGCUAGUAAUACUCAAAUGCUCAAAAGCUCUUCACUUAUUUACAGUAAAUUCAUACUUUCCACAACUUUUAAAACAACAAAUAGUAAUUAGUAGUUGUUAUCUCACUCUUAUUGUAAUGCAUUUUUUGUUUCUGAUAUUUUCUUUUCUGUUUUCAUAUAGCUGUGUGAAUUAAGAUUUUCUAUAAAUAAAGUUGCCUUAAAGUACAA